UAAAAAAAGAAAAGCAAUGAAAGGGUUUGUCCGUUAAUCCAGGCUUCUGUUUUCUCCUCCAGAGGGUUUUAGACUUUUAUUUGUAGCGGCUGCUUCAGCUCCCUCUCUCGCCCCCGCCUCGCCCUUCUCAGUUCUCCCCUCCCUUCUCUCUGUCGUCAUGGCGGCAGACUUAUCCUCUGCUUCCCUCUCUGUCGCAGACCCACUUGCUCCUCUCCUCACUUAGCUCCGAAGAACAUCACCCUCCCGCCAUCCCCGCCUUUCUUCUAUUUACAUCUUUUGCCACUCUGUAAAAGGACGGCUCCUUUAUUUGGGCGGCUCCCUCGCUCCUGCGCCGGGAUUAAGCUGGGGAAAAUUGCUGGAGCUUUUGGAGCUAUGGGGAUUUCCUCCACCGCCCAUAUUUCUCCUUUCAGACCUCUUCAUGGUCAUCCUCCUUAUCUCAGGUUUUACAGCCCUUGCCCCUGUCUCUCCACCGCCUCCCCAUCUGCUGCCACUGCCACCGCUGCUGCAGCUCCUUAUUUGGCCCCUUUCUCCCGCCACAGAUUCUGGGGAAAGCUUCCUUCAGGGGUAGUGGUUCAUCUUCGAAGGAGAGAUGAGAAGCGGUAUUUGGCUUCAGGGGAUUAUAGUACUUCUACAUGCCUAGAGACCACGACCUCUUACAAUGACUCGAGAAUGGAAUGGACAAAAGAGGGCAAAUAUUUAAGGGAAAUUAGAAGUCGAGUUACCCAGCAUAAAAGCGAGCGUCUGCAAGAUGGUAGCUCUUACCCUUUUAAUGAUGAGGAGUAUCUAAGAACGGGACUUGAAGCUAGAGUAGAAAGUAAAGGCAGUGACAGUGGAGCCAUAGUUGAAGGGAAUGGUCCACACACAACUAAUAGAAGACCAAAUGAAUUAUCUUUAAAGGAUGUGAAAGAGAGAGUAGGAACUAGUGCAUCCUUCACAAGUCGUGAAAAAUCAAGCACUAGAGCUGUUGGCAUUGGUUUUGCUAGUGGUAGGGAUUACGAUCUGCCGAUGAUGCUUGAAACAGAGGUAGAAAGUAAUGGUGGUAUGAAUGGAGUAAUAGUUGAUGCAAAUAAAAACAGAAGACCAAAUGGUUUAUCUUCACUGGCUGUUGAUGAAAGAGCAAGAACUAAUGGGUCCUUGAAGAUGGGUGUGAAUGGUACAUCAAUCGCACUCGAAGAAGCAAAUGGUAUUUCAUCCGUAGAUGUAAGCAAGAGUUCAAAACCGUUGAUAGUGGAUGCGAAUGGUCCUGUAACCAGAUGGUCAAAUAGUUUGUCUUCCACAAAUGUUAAAGAGAGAGCAAAAACUAAUGGGUCAUCAGCAAGGAAGGUGGUACAACCCACCAAAGGUUCAAGUCUCGGUGAAAUUAAGAAGGAAGUUGCUACUCAGUUGCCUAACGGAAAAAUCGCUGCUGUUGCUAUUGCUGAUGCUGCUGAGCCUUCAAAUGCUAAAGAAUGGCAAGCUGAUAUUCGCAAGAGACUUUCUAGUAUCUCUAGUAAUGUUCUUGUUGUAGAUAAUGUCUCCCUGGCAAAAGCAGUUGUCAGUAAGCUUACUGGUCAGUACAGGCACCACGUCCAUGCGUGUGAUACUGAGGUUGCCAAUAUUGAUGUGAAGGUGCAAACUCCAAUUGAUCAUGGAGAGUUGAUAUGUUUCAGUGUAUAUUCUGGAUCCGAGGCGGAUUAUGGAAAUGGAAAAUCGUGUAUUUGGGUGGAUGUACUUGACGGUGGUGGACAGGAUAUUUUGGCUGAAUUUAAAGAUUUUUUUGAAGACCAGUCCAUUAAGAAGGUUUGGCACAACUAUAGUUUUGACAAUCAUGUGAUUGAGAACCAUAAAGUUUGUGUUCGUGGUUUCCAUGCGGAUACGAUGCACAUGGCUCGGUUGUUCAAUUCAGCUAGACGUACGGAGGGUGGAUACUCUCUUGAAGCUCUGACAGGUGAUGAAAGAGUGAUGUCUGGUGCUAAAUCAUGCUAUAAAGAGUUGAUUGGUAAGGUGUCAAUGAAAACUGUCUUUGGCAAGAAAAAGUUGAAAAAAGAUGGAUCUGAAGGGAAAACUACAAUAAUUGCUUCUGUUGAGGAGCUUCAAAGAGAAGACCGGGAGUGCUGGAUUUGUUACUCUGCCUUGGAUGCAAUAAGCACUUUGCAGCUUUAUGAAAGCUUGAAAAAACAACUCUCUCAAAGGGAAUGGAAAUGCUAUGGAAGGCCAUUUGCUAGUAGAAAGUCCAUGUUUGACUUUUACCAGGAAUAUUGGCGUCCAUUUGGCGAGCUGCUAGUUAAAAUGGAAACUGAAGGUAUGUUGGUUGAUCGGCCAUAUCUUGCAGAAAUAGAAAAAGUUGCCAAAGCAGAACAAGAAAUCGCUGGUAAAAGAUUCAGACAUUGGGCUUCUAAGUAUUGUCCUGAUGCCCAAGAUAUGAAUGUCGGGAGUGACACACAGUUGCGCCAACUAUUUUUUGGUGGUGCUGCAAACAGGAAGGACUGUUCCAUUACUCUGCCAGAAUCAAGAUUGUUCCAAGUUCCAAACGUCGAUAAGGUGAUCGAAGAAGGAAAGAAGACUGCCACCAAAAAUCGUAAUAUCAAGCUGCAUAAAAUUGUUGCUAAUGAUCUGCCCACUGAGAUGUACACGGCUAGUGGUUGGCCAUCUAUGAGUGGUGAUGCAUUGAAAGCCAUGGCUGGGAAGGUUUCUGCAGACAGCUAUUUCAUGGAUGAUUUUGUUGACCCACAAUCUGAUGACGUUAUUGGUGAAGCAGAGGAUAUAACAGAAGAUUCAAGUAUACUCUCAACUCCCAACGUGGAUGUGGACACAUCUGCCUAUGGAACAGCCUUAAAUGCAUUUUCAACACGAGAAGAAGGAAUAGAGGCAUGCCAUGCCAUUGCUUCUUUAUGUGAAGUUUGCUCCAUUGAUUCUUUGAUAUCGAACUUCAUCCUCCCUUUACAGGACAGCAAUAUAUCAGGCAGUAAUGGUCGAGUGCAUUGUUCCCUGAAUAUCAAUACAGAAACUGGCAGAUUAUCUGCAAGGAGGCCAAAUUUACAAAAUCAGCCAGCUUUGGAAAAGGACCGGUACAAGAUCCGUCAAGCAUUUAUUGCUGCCCCUGGAAACUCCCUUAUUGUUGCUGAUUAUGGACAGUUGGAACUUAGGAUUCUUGCGCAUCUAGCUAGCUGUGAAAGCAUGAUAAGGGCUUUUGAAGCUGGUGGCGAUUUCCACUCAAGGACUGCAAUGAAUAUGUAUCCUCAUAUUCAUGAAGCCAUUGAAAGGAAGGAAGUGCUUCUGGAGUGGUACUCUCAACCGGGCCAAGAAAAACCACCAGUUCCUUUACUGAAGGAUCGGUUUGCUUCAGAAAGAAGGAAAGCUAAGAUGCUCAACUUUUCUAUUGCAUAUGGAAAAACUCCGGUGGGGCUAGCACGCGAUUGGAAGGUCUCUGUGGAGGAAGCAAAGGAAACAGUUGAUCUAUGGUAUAGAGAAAGACAAGAAGUUCUUAAAUGGCAAGAAGCUCGUAAACAGGAAGCUAAUAGAACAGGAUGUGUUCAUACACUGCUGGGACGUGCUCGUCAUUUCCCUAAUAUGAAGCAUAUGAGUCGUGCUCAGAAGAAUCAUAUCGAAAGGGCUGCUAUCAACACACCCGUGCAGGGUAGUGCUGCUGAUGUUGCCAUGUGUGCCAUGUUAGAAAUCACUAGAAAUGAACGUUUAAAAGAGCUAGGGUGGAGACUACUGUUACAGGUUCAUGAUGAAGUCAUCUUGGAAGGACCCAUGGACUCUGCUGAAGAUGCCAAGGCAAUCGUUGUUGAGUGCAUGUCAAAACCAUUCGGGGGCAAGAAUGUUCUUAAAGUGGAUCUCUCUGUCGAUGCGAAGUGUGCCCAAAACUGGUAUGCGGCCAAGUAAAGUUUUUGUUGAUGGUUUUGUUGCCACCGCAAGUGGGUUUGUCGUGAGGUCCUCAGAUAAGACUGCAGUUUCGUCGUAAUUAGCUACACCUGCAAGCAAGGGUAUUAGGGGGCUGGGUGGCCGCCAGUGCUUAUCCUGGCAAGUGGAGAAAUGUGUAGCCUUCAUUCAGGUGACCAAUGUGUUAAUCAUAUUCAGCGGUUCAUUGAGGCCUUGUUAUCCGUCGGCCUUCCAUGUUCCAGAAAUGACCUGGGACGUUUUGUUUGCGGCAUUAGUGCAAGAUGCACCGCGGGUAGUAAGCUGUAUCAUAUGUUAUUGAGGAUGAUGUGGAUUAUGUACCGUGCCUGUUGUAUAUAGGCCUUGCCUGAUCUAGCCCUAUCUCUUCUACCCUAUGUUAUUGGUCAUCGCAAAAUGCACCUCGUAAAGUUGUAUAUAAAGCAUGGCUGCUCGACUCUGUGAUAACAUUUUAAGGUAUGUGGAUUUGUGAAUGUGGAACAGAUUCGUGUGUUAUUGGAUUCAUGCAUGAGAUUAAAUGUACGGGUUUAUGAACUCUCUGUGAAACAACAGCUGCAACUUGUAUGAGCUCUUCAAUGGUGUGGUGAUAGAUUGCAUUAUUUCUUCUUGGCCAUAAUUUUGACUGAUUUUCGAACUUGUUUUUUUUUUUAAGCUAGUAGGAACAUUUAGCAAACCAGAAGGGUAGAAUUAAUUGGACUGUCAGUAGUAAC